AGUCACUCAGGUCUAUUACGCUGGAGGUUUAAACAGUCCCUUCUUGGGUUCAGAGAAGUAAAGUUGGCUGUUUACUUUUUCUAUUGAUUUAUACCACAGAUUUUUGGGUUGCCUAUUUCAGCAAAUACUCGGGGAGAUGUCACACGAAAGGUAUGUUCUAGAAUUCACAACCAUAUCUACAUUUAGGAGAUAUUGAUUGCGUGGUAUGGGUGGGCGCAUUCUAGAAUGCAGUGCGAAUCGUUCCAGCUUGCCCAACAGAUCCUAGGCAUAUAUUGUCGAUUCGUCGUGCAAUGCAAGGCUCAAAUUAAAAUAGUAAUUAUUGUUCAUGAGAAGGGCACAAGUACAGUUCGAGCAAAAUAAUACCGAUUAUACCAAAAAUGCAUUGGCAGACCCAGAAAUCGAAACCGCGCGCUCUCAACACAAGGAGGCGGCUAGCACAUCAGAAUGUGAUAAUUUACAUGCUAAAACAACUUUAUAGCUAGGAACACUAAUGAAAUGUUUUAUUGCAUAGCUACAUGUCUAUUUAAACGUGUAUUUUUGGUGUGAUAUGGCGCAAUUUUUGGGGAGAUUAACUACUAAAAUGGAACGCCCGCAAACAUGGCGGGCAUUCAUUCUAGCGAGCGAACUAUCUAACGUUGGCUAACUAAACUUUGCUAAUUGUGAACUAGCUACAUUGUGUAACGAUGUUUUAGCAAGCUACAUCAGGUGUUACAUCUCGGGUAAUACAACAUGCACAAAAAGAUUGUCCGUUUGUCUCAUUGUCCCAUUAUUUUUGUAUCAGGGCUUUGCAGGAGUUGCCCUGCCUGAAUGAGAAUUUGGAGGGAUCCAUGCUGUCCCUCACUGAGAAGAGCAAACGGAAAAAGAGACAAUACUUUGGAGAAUGUCUGGACACGGAGAACACCCCUCACGAGCUCAUUCAGCAGUGGUCACCACCUCACAAGCAGCGGGUGGUCUGCAAGGGCAAAGAGAACGAGGAUAACCAGUUCGUGCUUGCCAGGCGACCAAGGAAAAGGAGGGAGUUUUCAGGUGUGUAUAGCCAUGUGUUGGGAGGAAUACAAUAAGCUUAGAAAAACACAGCUAAUUAUCUGGAAUUCUUAAGAAUUAUUCUGUUUUAGGGAAGUCACUAUUUGAUCAAAUUAUUGAUUGUUUGAUGUUGUUUCAAUGACAGGCUUGGCCUGGGACAGUCUCCCAGAUGAGUUGCUGUUGGGAAUCCUGUCCUGCCUCCCCCUGCAGGACCUCCUCAGGAUGUCCCGGGUCUGCAAGCGCUGGCAUCGCUUGGCGUAAGUCUGGGACCAUUCAACUGUACUUGUAAACAACUUACAUACUACACUGCAGAAUUUCUGCUUGAAAAUCUUAGAUAUCACACUCACUUUUCCUAACACUGGCAAAUAGAUCAGCAAAACGUAUCUGAGUCUGUCAUUUAAGUCUGCAUGUUUUUGUGCCUGGCAGGUUUGACGAGUCUCUGUGGCAUAGUGUGGAUCUGGUAGGGAAAGCCCAGCUAGAUCAAGCUCUUGGGCAGAUGCUUACGGUUGGAGUACUGGGACUGCGCUGCCCCCAUACCUGCAUUGGAGAACCACGUUUCACCCACACACAGUGAGUCCUCAUACUCAUACAUAUAAUGGGGGUACAGAGGUUUCUGUUGUAGGUGAACAUAGACAAUCCUAUUUGUUGUGGUGCAGUAUGUCUUAUCAUGUAAUUUUGUCUGUUAUUUCAGACACCUGCAUGUCCAUCACAUGGAUCUGUCCAGCUGCACUGUAACAACCCCGGUUCUAGAUGACAUCAUCUCACGUUGCAGGCUGCUAGAGAAUCUAAGCUUGGAGGGACUGGAGCUCUCUGACAACAUCGUUCAGUGAGUAAAGAAGACAAAUGCUCUGUUUACAAUGAUGUCAUGUAAAUGUUACCAGCCAUUUUAGACAGCAUUCAGAAUGAUUCUUAACAGUCUUACUCUACCCAUCAGGUCCCUAUCUCAGAAUACUGAGCUGGUACGGCUCAACCUGUGUGGCUGCUCUGGCUUCUCCCCUGACUCGCUUAGUGAGAUUCUCAAAUCCUGCUCACGGUAAGCUUAGUCUCUCAAUUUCUAAUUCUGUUUUAUUUGAUGAUUUUGAAUGUGUUUGAAGUUCUAAGUAUUUCUGAAUGAUAGCAUAAUCUAUGUAAUUAACUCGCUGUUUAAACCAUGAUCUGUGCAUUGGUAAACUAAUGCAGAACUUUGUUGCUUUCCCUUUUUCCAUUCCUAUACCAAGGCUUGAAGAGCUGAACUUGUCGUGUUGUGACUUCAGCACUGAUCAUGUGAAGGCUGUUGUAAGUAACAUCCCCUCCAAUAUCACCCAGCUCAACCUCAGUGGCUACAGACAGAACCUUACUAUGGAAGGUGAGGAAAACCUAUGGCAUUGAACAUUUUCCCUCAGCCCAUAUUUGUAUUGACUGUUUGAAUAUCUCUAUACUGAUGAUGAGUUAAAUUUACCAAUGGCCUCUUUUCAGAUGUGAAAGACUUGGUGGAGAGAUGUCCUAACCUCGUAAAUCUGGAUUUAAGGUGAGUUCAUACUGUAUCUCCUGAGCUGGGCUGAAAUGUGGAUCCACAUGAUUGCUUUGACUAUGACAUUAUUUGACAUGGAUACUGUACAACUACUGUUUCUUCAUACCAUAAUCUCAUUAUGAUAACUUGUCUGUGUAUUUGUGUUACAGUGACAGUGUUCUGAUGACGACCUCCAGUUUCCCCAUCCUCCAGCAGCUGCAGUCUCUUAGACACUUAGCAUUGAGCCGCUGCUACCAGAUUCACCCUGCUGCCUUAGCGUAAGUGACAGACAAACUCUCAAGUGAUAAUAUGAAUGCUUUAGUAGUCUUGUUGCUUUCCUUAGCUGCCAAUUCCUCUCAUUUUUUUGUUGUUUUAAGCCUAUUGUUUAUUUCAGUGACUUUGAGAAGUUCCCAGAGCUGCAGACGUUGGAGGUGUACGGGCUGGUCCAGGACACCUACCUGCCAAUCCUGAGUAAAGGUUUGCCCCGUCUCCAAAUCAACACCCGGCCAUUUUCAGGCGUGGCCCGUCCCACCGAGGCCACCCGGAGGGACCGCACCAUGUGGGGCAUGACCUGUCGCUUGGUGUUCAGGCCCUAGCCAUAACACCUUCCUAACGCUGUCACUAACAUGUCAUAACUCAUUUCUGUCUGAUGUGGUCAUGAUAUAGGAGGAAUAUUAUCUAUUUUUAGUGUGUCUGUGUCAGCCAUUGUGUGUAUGCAUAUUGCACAGAGCCUUUUGCAAUUUGUUGUACACUGACACCAAUUGUUCUGACUGGUGAUGUAAAUGCCUGUUUUGUUGUGCUUUUGUCAGCACUUAUUUUGGUUUUAUAAUGGUGGGCAUUGGUUCUAAGUUAUUAUUGUAAUAAGCUCAGUAAUAGGACAUAGCCUUCGGAUACACAGUAGUGAACAUUUUAAAUGCUGGUAAAUUAAAUUUCUCCACAGUAAUGCUACUUGAAUACCAUGCAACUGAAUUCAUAAGAUUUUAAAAGCGUACCUGUUUUAGAAAUAUUUUAACCCUGAUAAUGUUGAAGACGGAGCUUGUUGCUUUCAG